GGUCUCUGUCCUUCGGUUUGUUUGGGGAGGGAGCGGCCCGUACCGGGAGGGCUCUAGCCGGCCUGGGUCGCGGCGGGAUUCAGAUCCUUAAAUAAGUGCCUGGGACUGCAGAUUUCUCACAAUGACUAGUAGUGUGCCUUCUGAUGUGGUUGGUCGAAGAAUCCUGUGUGAUACAGAAUAUGCAACUGUGCGGUAUGCUGGUAGUGUUCCUCCCACAACAGGACUUUGGCUUGGAGUAGAAUGGGACAAUCCUCAAAGAGGAAAGCAUAAUGGCAACCAUGAAGGAGUACAGUAUUUUAAAUGCGGUCACCCUACAGGAGGAUCCUUUAUCCGCCCAAACAAGGCAAAUUUUGGUGUGGAUUUUCUUAUUGCAGUAAAGAACCGCUAUGGAUUGAAUGUUGAACAAGAUGUUGAAUGUGAGAAAGAGAAUGCAUUAGUCAUUGGAAAGAAGACUGUGGAACUUGUUGGUUUUGAUUCUGUUAUAGAACAACAAAGUCAACUGAACAAAUUGGUAGACAUCUCAGUGAGAGAAUGUGCAGUGAGCCAUGCUGGUCAGAAAGAGGAAAUCAGCAGAACGUGUCCUAAUAUCAGGAGUAUAAAUCUAUCAAAAAAUCUGUUGCCAUCCUGGGAGAAAGUUACAGAUAUUGCUUGUCAAGUUCAGAAUCUGGAAAGUCUUGACCUCAGUGAAAACAAGAUUAAAUUUCCAUCUGAUUCUGCUUCUAUAACCUGUACACUUAGUAAAUUGAGGGUUCUGGCACUUAAUCGAACUGGAGUAACAUGGGCAGAGGUUCUUCUCUGUGCUCCAGGAUGGCCAGCACUUGAAGAAUUGUACCUUGCUUCUAAUGAUAUUACAGUUUUAGAAAGACCCGUUAAUGUUCUACAGACCUUGAAAUUGUUAGACCUUUCAAACAACCAAUUAAUUGAUGGAAGUCAACUGCAUCUAAUAGCAUAUCUCCCCAGAUUAGAACAACUCAUUCUUUCAAACACUGGAAUUUCUUCUAUACACUUUCCUGAUGUUGGAUUUGGAUGCAAGACUAAAAUGUUUCCUUUAUUACAACGUCUUGCAGUAGAUGACAAUAAAAUAUUGCAAUGGUCAUUUAUCAAUGAGCUUGAUAAGCUACAAUGUUUGCAGUCACUGCACUGUCAGAAUAAUCCUUUGAUGGGCACAGAGAAGAACCCAGAGACAGUCAGGCAGCUUAUCAUUGCCAAAAUAGGCCAAUUAAAGUUUCUGAACAAAUCUGAGAUCUUUCCUGAUGAAAGAAAGGGAGCAGAGCUUGACUAUCGCAAAAUGUUUGGCAAUGACUGGAUAAUGGCUGGUGGGAAUCAGAAUCCAGACAAAAACAGACCAAAUGAGGAAUUUCUUGCUGCUCAUCCUAGGUACCAGUUACUCUGCCUUAAAUAUGGUGCUCCUGAAGAAGGUGAACUGAAAAGACAACAGCCUUUCAUUCUGAAAAAUCAGCUGCUAACUUUGACAAUUAAAUGUCCAGACAAACCUGAUCAGAAACCUAUAGAGAAGAAACUACCAGAUUCUAUGACUAUUCAGAAGGUCAAAGGCUUGCUGUAUCGUCUACUUAAAAUUCCUGGUUCAGAACUGAAAUUGUCCUAUGAAAGUUCUAAAGGAGGUAGAUGCCUAGUACUGAACAGCAGAAGAUGAAGACUGACAUGGAUUGGCAGAGGAGAGGUGAGCAUGAAACUAUCACACUAUAUGCCUACACAAUGGCUGGCUCUAGUCCAGGAGUAGGCAACCUAUGGCACGUGUGCGGAAGGCAGCAUGCGAGCUGAUUUUCAGUGGCACUCACACUGCCUAGGUCCUGGCCACCGGUCCAGGGGGCUCUGCAUUUUAAUUUAAUUUUAAAUGAAGCUUCUUAAACAUUUUUAAAACCUUAUUUUCUUUACAUACAACAACAGUUUAGUUAUAUAUUAUAGACUUACAGAAAGAGACCUUCUAAAAACAUUAAAAUGUAUUACUGGCAUGCGAAACCUUAAACUAGAGUGAAUAAAUGAAGACUUGGCACACCACUUCUGAAAGGUUGCCGACCCCUGCUCUAGUCACUGUUAGCAAUCUCUGGUUAAUAAGCACUGACAUUCACCCAAAAGUACUGAGCUGCAAGUGGCUGAGACCUUUUCUGCUUCAGCUAAUUACCAACAAGCAGUGAUUCUUACUAAAUUUUGCUAAGCAAAGCCGUAAGUAUAUUUAGAUGGCAUCAAGCCAUGGCAAGAUAGAAGGCAAACAUCAUGCAUUCAGGACUGCAAUUUAAUGAUUUAUGGUUGUUUGCUGUAUAUCCAUCAGAGACAAUGGAUUCCAUCAUGAGAAAAUCUGAAUGCCAUGUACCAAAUGUAGGGUAUAGGCCUCUAUAGGGAAUAAAUAAAACUAAUUUAUUGCUAAAAUUUUCAGUUAUUACAAUCUUGCCUUUGUCUUUACUGAAUGUUAGCAUAUUCCAUUAUUUUCCUACACAAUGCUUGAACACCACAAUAACUUGGAUACUUGGUUGCUUAUAUAAUGAAAUGAAAAGAAAAUGUCUGAGCUACUCAAGAAAAUUCAUAGGACAUUUUGGCUCUGUCAAGUAGUGCCAAGCACUGGAAGUAUCAAGGGUAUGGCCAACUGCAAUCACAGUGUGAUUGCAGCACAAGCUGGCAGAGCUUUCACCUAAGUAGCAUGGCUACAAAUAGCAGUAAAGACAUCAGCAUCACUGGUGAGAAAGAGUUUACAAAAAUGCUGCCAAGAGAUUAGCCUGAAAUUACGUUUUAACAUUUCUGCAUCCCAUUAAAGUCACAUUAUUGUAAUUUAAGGUGUUAACAUCACCUCCUGUUAAACACCAGAUGGCAUGAACUGUGUACUUCUGGAGAGAAGAUACUAGGUAACCUGUGUAAACAGAGACAAGUAGUGGAGUUUAAUGUGAAUUUAAGAUUCUUAAUAUUUUGCUGGUGUCAAGGCUGCUUCCUGAAUAGCAUCUUUCAAUUUUAAAUACUUCCUUCAGUUUCAGAGGACUCUGUUAAGCUCACUCAAUUCACAUUUUUCAUUUUAUUGAGCAGUGUGCCUGACUACAGUUUGGUCUCGGCAGUUUUUAGGACUCAUCGUAGGAAAAUCAUAGCUA